AUGGAUCUCAUCCUGAACCUUGCCGACGAAUAUUUCCUGGACGCUGUUUGGGCGCGCGUUGUCCCUGUCACCGCGUUCGUUGAUGGCGCUACAGCCAUGAACGCAACCUUCGCAACGCCACUCGCCGUGGCUUCGCUUUCAAAAUGGGAGACAGUCAUAUCACAUCUACCUCAUCCGCCGCUAUUGAGCUCGCUGGGAUCUACCGCUGCUGCUACGGUCUCGGCGUGGCCUCGAGACUACAUCCCUCGGCAACUUAUAUCGCUCGCCGUCAUCACACUCCUCGGUGUCCAUGCUCUCUACUUCAUCUUCUCCACCUUGUCGUACUACUUCAUCUUCAACCACGACAUGAUGAAUCAUCCUCGCUUCCUCAAGGGCCAAGUCCGUAUGGAGAUCGAGUCGUCACUACGCGCAUUCCCAGCGAUGAUGCUUCUCACUCUACCCUGGUUCCAAGCCGAAGUCAUGGGCUACUCGAAGCUGUAUAGCGAUCCAGCCGAGUACGGAUACGUGUACCUAGCACUAUCUUCGUUAAUGUUCUUGACAUUCACCGACUACUUGAUCUACUGGGUUCACCGCCUGGAGCACCAUCCGGCUGUGUACAGGUGGCUGCACAAGCCGCACCACAAAUGGAUCAUUCCGACACCCUUCUCCGCUUACGCCUUCCACCCACUCGACGGCUACUUCCAGUCUCUGCCGUAUCAUAUAUUCAUCUUCCUCUUCCCUCUCCACUGUGGUCUAUUCCUAGGGCUAUUUGUCUUCGUCAACUUCUGGACAAUCCUGAUCCACGACUCGGAUAUGGUGACGGGGCAUCCUUUGGAGCGCUUUGUCAACGGGCCUGCACACCAUACGUUGCACCAUAUAUACUUCACCGUGAACUACGGCCAGUACUUCACAUUCGCAGACCGCUUGGGCAGUUCUUACCGGCAGCCUGAAGCUGCGCUCGAUCCUGCUCUCGAUCUCAAGAAGCACAAGACAGAAUAG